AUGUCAGUCGAUUUCAAUGACAGUUCAGUUGCCAAAGACACAAUAGACAGUGACAAGGACACCAACAAAAAGAUAGGCGCUGGUUUCGGAAUAGCAGGGCUGUGCUUCAUCACAUUCGGAAUUGUUGCAAACAUUAUUGCCAUCGUUGUGUUGCGACAGAAGCCGAUGCGGUGCCUGGGUACAAAGUUGUUAGUCUGUUUGGCGUUCGUGGAUAUUCUGCUGUUACUGCUCAACGGUUUCCGCUGUGCAGACGAUCUUCUGGUAGGGAAAGUUGCCAGAAAGACGAUACAGCAACUCACUAACGUAACCUAUCCGUUGUUUAUGACAGUGUACAUGGCGGAGAUCUACAUGACUUCACUAAUUACGGUACAGCGGUAUGUUUCUGUCUCUAAACCGUUGGCGGCGAAGAGGUUGAUGAGCGAGCGGCGGCUGGUUAUAAUCGUGGCGGUUCUAGGGGCCUGGUGCGUCAUCUUCAACAUCCCCCAAUGGGUUGUGUUCCACCCCGUGAUCUACUACAAUACGGACAUGAACAUGACGUGGAUCCGCCACGCAACGUACGUGAUGCCAAACAAUGGCUUCUUUUACAAAACCACCUUUUACGAGAUCAUAUACCUAGGAUAUCUUGGCUUUAUAUUUCGUUUUCUGAUCCCAAUGGCCGCCAUGUUUAUAUUUAAUAUCCUCAUAGUGCGCAUAGUCAAACAGCACACGCAGUUUAGACAGAGUCAGCAGAUGCAGAACCAAUCUGACAACUCCGACAGCCGGUUAACAAUUACCAUUAUUGCUAUAACUACGACGUCAUUGAUAGCUACUUUCCUAGACGCACUUGACUUUCUGAUGUUUGCGUUUCUCAACUGGGAAGCCAAGUGCUCGUUGACAUGCAAUAUAUUUUUUUAUGUUUCUGAUUUCAUGGUGAUUGUCAAUUGUUCUCUCAACUGCAUCUUCUACUGUGUGUUCGGGGCCAAAUUUCGCCAGGUAUGUUGUGGUCUGCUCUGUCCCAAGACGAAAACCAACAAAAACGAUUCCUCGCAACAGACGGAAACAUGCUCUCUUCGAGACCUCCAUACCCCGUUUGUUUUACGGCGGAGUAACAGUCGAGAGAAAGUUAGCACGCCGUUGUAA